UGUAUAUGAAUUAAAAUCUAUAAAUACAUAGUAAUUCCAGAACGGUAGAUUUUAAUAAAGAUAAUAGUAAUUUUCAUAAGACGUAAUAAAAUAUCUCUGGCUAUUUAGUAGCCAUUGUUACAUUCAACGUUCAAUUCUUAAUAGCAGCUACUACUUGACUUUCAUAAAUCUUAUUAUCCCAGUGGAUCCAAACAAUUUAGAGUUGCCCUUGUGCCGUGAAGAGUUACUUGUUUUUUGCGUGUAUGUUUGUUUGUAUAUAAAAUUAAUCUAGUCUUAUAAUUGUUAGGACCUUAUUUUAGGAUAUUUUAGUGGUGAAAAUCAAGAAAAAUGUCUUCAUGGUUGAGUGAGGACCCAGUGAAGUUGGAAGUGGCGAACGAAUCUGUCCAAGCCUGCAGAGUUUGCCUGGCGUGGGAUGUCAAACUGUACAAUAUCCAUGAAUGGGGGCUUAGUGAUACAUUCACGGAUAUUAUGGGAACUACACUAUCUAUGUGGGAUGGGUUCCCACAACAUCUAUGCGCGUGGUGCCGCGCGCAGCUCGCUCGGGCGCAGGCGCUGCGCGCGCGCUGUCGCCGCGCCGACUCGCUUCUCAAGCAGGCACUCAUGCACCAGCAUUUUAUUACAGACGCUUUUAUUCGCUCCAUUGACCGCUCGAUGCACGGAUUAACAAACACACUCUCUUGGCAUAGAAAUUCAAAAAAUGUGAUCGACAUUUCUGUCUAUGAUAGAACAUCAUUAGACGAAGAUGAUGAUAGCAAAGUCGAAUGUAAAGAUUUAAUACAAAAGAGUGACGCAGAACAUGACAAGCCAGAACUUGACUUAAACUGGGAUGAUGAUGAUGAUGAUUUUCCAAACAAACUUAGCUCUGAUCCUGAUGAUGAUAACGAACAAGAUAACAUUAAUUUAGAUAAAGUUAAGAAUACUAUCACUAAAAAAGAUGCUACAAAUAACUUACGAAGAGUAGAUAUAGCAGAAAUCAAUUUAGACCCGCAAGAUAUAAUAGUCGAAGAAAGAAAUAUAAGAAAACGACCAGUUAGACAGAAAAUUGAAAAGAAAGUGAAAGAAAAAGUUACAGUGAACGUUAAAAGUAAAGCAAAAGUAAAAAACACUUCACGAGUUAAAAAUAAAGUAAAAGUUAAAGAUACACCAGCCAAAGAUAAAGAGAGAGAAGAUGGCACGAUAAAAGUUAGAAAGAGAAAGCCGCAACGAUUCAUAGAAAAGUUAGGGACUGAAGAAGAAAUCAGGGAAUUUGAAAAGAAAUACAAUUUCCAAGUGCAGAAUUUGACAGAAGAGGAAAUGGCCAAGGAUAUGGAAGAAAGAAAGAAGUCGGAUAACUACCUAAAUGGAAUGUAUAAGUGUGAAUUAUGUUAUAAAGGAUUCCUGACACAUACUUCUUAUAAUAACCAUUUGAAGUCCCAUGAUGUGACGCGCGGUGAACACGAAUGCCAAUUCUGCCACCUGCGUUACCACACACCUGGGAAGCUGCGCGAUCACAUGCGCAACGCGCACCGCCUCAAGUUCCUCUGCGCGGUGUGUAGCAAGUUCAUGGCUGGACUACAGUGCGCCAUUCUGCACGCCGCGUUCCACUCGGGCACCACCUUCCAGUGCGCGCACUGCGACAAACAGUUCCUGAAGAAGACGUCGCGCUCAACGCACAUGCGCAUAGCGCACCCGCUCGAGAACGCGCACAUCGGCACGUGCGAGCUGUGCGGGGAGAUAUUCACGAGCCGCCAGGGACUCAAGAUGCACAAGACCAGAAGUCACAGGGAGUCGCUGGACCGCAGUCUGUUCUGCCGCAAGUGCCGGCUGCAGUUCGAGAGCCAGGAGGCGCUGAUGCACCACAAGGAGCAGCAGCCUGGGAAGCGGUGCCACAAUAAAAAGAGCGCGUGCCAGCAGUGCGGCGCGCUGUUCAAGACGGAGGAUGGCCUGAUACAACACAAGCACGAAAUACACGGCGUCGAACUGUUCACAUGCGACGCGUGCAACAAAUCUUUCCUAUCAAAGAUGUCUCUGUCUGUGCACAUCGACCGCCUCCACCUGAACAUCAAGCCCGGCUCAGGGCGGCAGCAGUACUACGCGCGCCUGCAGAGAAAGAGGGGGGACAAGCCCAAAGGAACUCAGCCUAGAGAGAAGAAAAACGUUUGCGAGGUCUGCGGGAAAUCCUUCACGUGUAUGUCCGUGCUGAAAACGCACCAGCUGGACCACACGGGCGACCGGCCGUUCAAAUGCUCGCAGUGCCCCAAAGCGUACUUGUACGCCUGGCAGCUACGGAACCACAGCGACUGCGUGCACCGCCGCAUCCGCAAGUGGCGCUGCUCGGAGUGCCCCAAGACCUUCCUGCACCAGUCCUCCGUCUACGUGCACAAGCUGAUCCACACGGGGAAGCGUACACACAUGUGCAGUUACUGCGGCAAGGCGUUCCUGCAGUCCGGCUCACUGUACACGCACGUUAAAUACGUACAUCUCAAGGUCAAGCCGCCGCCGCGCAAGCGGAACAAGAAGGAAGCCAAACCGUGCCUAUAGGGAACGUAGGGGGCAGCACCGGAGCCUCCUGUUUAUUGGCGCGAAGUAAAUGUCAAGGUUAAGCUUCCAAUGUAGCCCACUAGAUGGCAGACAUUGCACAAGAAAACGUACGGGAACGGCAGCUUGCUUUGGCGUGAAGUUUCAAUCUGCAGUUUAUGUUUCCUAUUUAGACCACAAGAUGGCGGACCCUAUAUGAUAACCUAUUUUACGAGAAAUGUAACUUUCCGGUUUUCCUAAUACCUACCAGAUAAUAGUAAAUAUAUAUAUAUAUAUUACAACUUUUCCGAUAAUAAUGAAACAAAAAUGAAUGCAAAAAUGAAACAUAAUUAAAUCCAUUUGUAUAUGUGACUGUUUGUGUUAUAAAUAAAUAAAUAAAAUGCUAUUGUUAGACCAAGCUAACUCUGCAGCGAUCGAUAAAAAGUUGAUUUUUAAAAUCCGUAUAUGACAACACAGAAAACAGUAUUAAACAGUCUUGAUACUUGUGAAGUAUUCUACAAUUAACCGAUUGUGACUCUGGCAUCUACAUUUAAAUCAUAAACAUGCGGAAUACAAAGAUGAUGUUCAUAGGAUUAUUACGCCUAUAACUAUAAGCAAAGAGAAUUUGAAAUAGAGGUGGAUUAUCGAAGAAAAUUUUGUAGCCACAGUAAAUUUACUGCAAUCUUUCGACACAUUAUUAAAACUUUUAGAACUUUGAUCCUUAUUUCACUGAUUUGUGUUAAAUUUGUUAAAUUAAAAUUAAAAUUAAAAAAUUAAAAUUUCUUUAUUUCAGAUCACAAAGCGAUCCAUAUUUUGUUAGUACCAUUUUAGCCUUAACACUAUGUUAGUAACCUAUAUAUCUAUUUAGACCUACCAAUAACUACUCCUAUCCAGUACCCAAUUAGCGGGCAGUCGAGGCGCUCGCCUAACGCCCUCAGCAUGCUGUUAGUGCUGCCGCGCACGCGUCGUAGCAAUGAGGCCACUCUUUUUCGCCUGAUGGCAUAAAAGUCGUCAGUUCGCGCCUCAGCGAACAUGCCUGACGCACUACAGUGCCUCGGCAGCCUUAACAACAUCCUAAGGAUAUUAUUAUAUUGGACACGCAACUAAAACUGUGGAAUGAAAUGUCGCCUUCGGUAUUUCCGGACCGAUACGACCUUCAAACCUUCAAGAAAAGAGCGUACUCCCAUCUUAAAGGCCGGCAACGCACUUACGACCCCUCUGGUGUUGCAGGUGUCCAUGGGCGGCGGUAAUCGCUUACCGUCAGGUUAUCCGUCUGCUCGUUUGCCUACUCUACCAUAAAAAAAAAUCAAAUGUGGCAAGACUCUACGUAGGGGGCGACACUAGCACAAACAGUAAACACACCGCCAUGAUGCAUCAUGUCAUUUAUUCGUAACAAAUAAUCGGUGAAAAUGUAUCAAAUUGUAAUAAUGUCAUUGUUACUGACUUGUGAAAAUAGUGCAUACCUACGAUACAAGUGCGAAAAGUGGGAAAUUCGCAACGAGUGGUGAGAAAUUAAAACACGAAGGGUGGUGAGAGUCUGAAUGGCGGGUGUACCUAAAUAAAAUGAAAUGAAAAGCAUACCAUAUUUUUGUACCUAAUUUGUACUAUUUAGUACCUCGUUUAAAAAAAAUUGUACCUCACGGUACGUAAAGUUAUGAUCAAAAAACAGGUCACCCGCCAUCCUGACAGUCAGAAUGGCGGGUGUACUUUAUUACGCUAUGUUCCCGUGGUUAUUGAUAAAUUCUAUAAAAGCCAAAUUUUUGUACCUUCAUAUUCAAUUAUAAUACGAGUCAUUUUAUUUGUGCUUUCCAAGUUUUACUCAUUUUAUAUUUUGCUUGCUAUUACAAUGUUGCAGGCGUUAUAAUUUUUCAAGUUAUCGAUUACAUUUUUAAGAAAAAACGAUAAGGUACAAUUAUUUUUAUUUCGCCAGGAUUGUUUGAAUAUUUAAUCUGUUAAGUUCAAAUAACUCAGAAAAUCAUGUCUUAAAAAUGAUUUUUCUUAGGAAGAUUUCUUUGAAUUAGCGCCUAGCCUUUUUUAACGCUAAGGUACAAUUAUUUUUAUUACGCCAGGAUUUAGUACCUUUAAUGUUUAAUCUGUUAAGUUCUAAUAGCUCAGAAAAUCGUGUCUUAAAAAUGAUUUUUCUUAGGAAGAUUUCUUUGAAUUAGCGCCUAGCCUUUUUUAAGACAUGAUUUACUGAGUUAUUUGAACUUAACAGAUUAAACAUUAAAGGUACUAAAUCCUGGCGUAAAAAAAUAAUUGUACCUUAGCGUUAUUUCUUAAAAAUUAAAUCGAUAAUUUGAAAAAUUAUAACGCCUGCAAAAUUGUAAUAGCAAGCAAAAUAUAAAAUGAGUAAAACUUGGAAACCAAAAAUAAAAUGACUCGUAUUAUAAUUGAAUAUGAAGGUACAAACAUUUGGCUUUUAUAGAAUUUAUCAAUAACCACGGGAACAUAGCGUAAUAAAGUACACCCGCCAUUCUGACUGUCAGGAUGGCGGGUGACCUGUUUUUUGAUCAUAACUUUACGUACCGUGAGGUACAAUUUUUUUUAAACGAGGUACUAAAUAGUACAAAUUAGGUACAAAAAUAUGGUAUGGUUUUCAUUUAAUUUUAUUUAGGUACACCCGCCAUUCUGACUCUUACGAAGGGUGUGCUUUAAAUCGACACGAGUUGCAAAUUACCUAUUCGCACGUGUAUCGUACGUUUUACAGUACAUAUGGCACUUUAAAUUAAUGAGAAAUUAUGUAUAUAAAGUAUAAUUGUACUGUUGUAAUGUAUACAAAUAAAAUGAAAUACAUA